UGGAUGGAUGUUCUCACUCUGCCGGAGCCUGCCGCUGUGAGGACGCUGCGCUGGAGGAGCCGCUUCUGGAACUACGGGAACUCCAUUUCACGUGGAUUUUACGCGGAUUUUACGCAUGGCACGGCCGGGCCGGCACCCCGCCAUGAGACCUCUACCCGCUUCGUUUCAGGUUUAAUAAAGAGAGAAGGAGCCAGGAGAGAGAGGGAGGAGGCGGAUCCUUAUGGUGCGGUGUCACGGAGCCUCCGCCGGCCGAGUCUCCGAUCCGAGCGCUGCGCUCUCCGUGACCCGACUUUCCUGCGUGGGACUCGGACGCGACAUGGGAUGCAGAAGCGCGCUGCUGGGAUGCUGCCUGCUGGCCGUUCUGUCCUGCUGCUGCCUCCCCCCCGGCUGCUCCGGGAACAUCACCGUGGCCGUGAUGCUCCCGGACAACUACACCAAGUACCCGUGGGCUCUGCCGCGCGUCCUGCCCGCCAUCCUCAUGGCGCACGAGGACCUCCACAGUAAACACGGGCUGCUGGUCGGCCGCUACAUCAACAUCCUCAACUACAGCACCGAGGACCCCGUGGCGGGCUCCUGCGCGGAGAGCCGGGCUCAGGUCGUGGCCGUGGACGCCAAGCUCUACAUCCGGCCGGACGCGUUCUUCGGACCCGGCUGCGUGUACCCGCUCGCCUCCGUGGGCCGGUUCGCGUCCCACUGGAAGCUCCCGCUGAUCACCGCCGGAGGACCCGCGUACGGCUUCGACAAGCGGGAGGAGUACCGGACCAUCGUGCGCAGCGGGCCGUCCACCACCAAGCUGGGCGACUUCGCCAACGUGCUGCACACCCACUUCAACUGGACGUCCCGCGCCGUGGUCAUCUUCCACGACCUGCGGCAGGACGACCGGCCGCACUACUUCCUGUCUGAGGGGAUCUACCUGAACCUGAAGGAGGAGAUGAACAUCACGGUGGAGGCCCAGCCCUACGAGGAGGACUACAAGUACUACAAGGACCUGAUCGCUUUCAUGAAGGAGCGCGGGAGAAUUGUAUAUAUCUGCGGGCCCCUGCAGACCUUCCUGGACAUCAUGAAGCUGUUCCAGACUGAGAUCCAGGAUCCAGAGAACUACGCCAUCUUCUACCUGGACGUGUUCGCUGAGAGUUUGGUGGAUCGUAAACCGUGGCAGAACUCUGACACGGACUGGGCCGAUCCCAUCAAGGUCUUCAAGUCGGUGUUCGUCAUCACGUACCGUCCUCCUGAUAAUCCGGAGUACAAAGACUUCCAGCAGAAGCUCCAUGCCAGAGCUCAGAGGGACUUCGGUGUUCAUCUGGAGCCGUCGUUGAUGGACUACAUUGCGGGCAGCUUCUACGAUGGUUUUGUGCUGUACGCGAGGGCCCUGCAGGAGACGCUGGCGGACGGCGGGGCCCAGAACGACGGCAUCAACAUCACCAUGAGGACUCAGAACCAACGAUUCUGGGGAGUGACGGGACUCGUUACCACCGACCACAAAAAUGCGCGAGACAUCGACGUGAACCUGUGGGCCAUGACCAACCAGGAGACAGGAGAGUACGGGCUCGUUGCGUACUACAACGGAACCACCAAAGACAUCAUCUGGUCCCAGACGGAGAAGAUCCACUGGCCGACCGGAGGUCCUCCGCUGGACAACCCGCCAUGUGUCUUCUCCACCGACGACCCCUCCUGCAACGAUGGUCAUCUGCCGGUUCUGGGGAUUGUAGCGGUGGGAUCUGGAUUAGCUCUCAUCAUCUUUGGGAUCUCCAGUUUCCUCAUUUACAGGAAGCUGAAGCUGGAGAAGGAGCUGGCUGGAAUGCUGUGGAGGAUCCGGUGGGAGGACCUUCAGUUCGAGAGUCCCAAUAAAUACCACAAACGGGCCGGCAGCCGCCUCACGCUCUCUCAGAGAGGCUCCAGCUACGGCUCCUUGAUAACUGCCCAUGGAAAAUAUCAGCUAUUUGCAAAAACGGGCUAUUUUAAGGGCAACCUGGUGGCCAUCAAACACGUCAACAAGAAGAGGAUCGAGCUCACCAGACAGGUCCUGCUGGAACUCAAACACAUGAGAGACGUUCAGUUCAACCAUCUAACCAGGUUCAUCGGAGCCUGCAUCGACCCGCCCAACAUCUGCAUCGUCACAGAGUACUGUCCCCGGGGAAGCCUGCAGGACAUUCUGGAGAACGAGAGCAUCAACCUGGACUGGAUGUUCCGCUACUCGCUCAUCAACGACAUCGUCAAGGGAAUGAACUAUCUCCACAACAGCUACAUCGGCUGCCAUGGAAAUCUGAAGUCAUCUAAUUGCGUUGUGGACAGUCGAUUUGUUUUGAAAAUCACGGAUUAUGGCUUGGCGAGCUUCCGCUCAUCCUGCGAAAACGAUGACUCGCACGCUCUCUAUGCAAAGAAGCUCUGGACGGCUCCGGAGCUCCUCAUCUACGACCGUCAUCCUCCUCAGGGGACCCAGAAGGGGGACGUCUACAGCUUCGGCAUCAUCCUGCAGGAGAUCGCUCUGAGGAACGGACCCUUCUACGUGGAGGGCAUGGACCUCAGCCCCAAAGAGAUCGUCCAGAAGGUGAGGAACGGUCAGAAACCGUAUUUCCGUCCAACAACAGACAACAAAUGCCACUCGGAGGAGCUGACCAUCCUGAUGGAGGGCUGCUGGGCAGAGGACCCCGCAGAGAGGCCCGACUUCGGACACAUCAAGAUCUACAUGGCCAAACUCAACAAGGAGGGCAGCACCAGUAUCCUCAACAACCUGCUGUCCAGGAUGGAGCAGUACGCCAACAACCUGGAGAACCUGGUGGAGGAGCGAACACAAGCGUACCUGGAGGAGAAACGCAAAGCUGAGAACCUCCUCUAUCAGAUCCUACCACACUCAGUAGCGGAGCAGCUGAAGCGAGGUGAGACGGUUCAGGCCGAAGCCUUCGACAGCGUCACCAUCUACUUCAGCGACAUCGUUGGCUUCACCUCCAUGUCUGCAGAGAGCACACCUCUACAGGUCGUCACGCUGCUCAACGACCUCUACACCUGUUUUGAUGCCAUCAUCGAUAAUUUUGAUGUAUAUAAGGUGGAGACCAUCGGGGACGCCUACAUGGUGGUGUCGGGGCUGCCGGUGAGGAACGGGAAGCUUCACGCCAGAGAGAUCGCCGGCAUGUCUCUGGCUCUGCUGGAGCAGGUCAAGACCUUCAAGAUCCGCCACCGACCCAACGACCAGCUGAGGCUCCGGGUCGGCAUCCACACGGGUCCGGUGUGUGCUGGUGUGGUGGGUCUGAAGAUGCCCAGGUAUUGUCUGUUUGGAGACACGGUCAACACGGCGUCUCGCAUGGAGUCCAACGGAGAAGCCCUGAAGAUCCAUCUCUCCUCGGCCACCAAAGAAGUUCUGGACGAGUUCGGCUACUUUGAUCUCCAGUUACGAGGCGACGUAGAGAUGAAGGGCAAAGGGAAGAUGAGGACCUACUGGCUCCUCGGGGAGAAGACGGACGUCUACGUGAUCUGAGCUGCUGAGAUCAGACGCCAGCAGGACUUCACUUUAUUUGUUCUAGAAUAAGUCCUUAUAAAACACAGAGACAUGAACGGAGGAGUUCCAGGUAUAUUUAUUACCUGUAAACUGUAACUGCAAAACAAACAAAUAGAGGAAGAAAAAGACAAAAAAAAAGGUCCAAGUUGUUUUUGUAUGAAGAAGCUUUCUGUCUGAGAGUUUUCACUGAUGAUAAAUUCUUAUUUUUUGUGCUUUCUAUAUUAAGAUUUGUAUAAUGUGUUUGGAAGUCAAUGAUGUAUUAAUAUUUCCUUGAAGUUUGGAGGCACAGCGCUACGAUGAUGUCACUGCAGGGUUCAUAACCGCGUUACAGUACCAGAUCAGAUGUAUAUAUGUAUAUCCAAGAUACUGUAAGAUAUUUUGUUCAAUAAACCGAGUAAAACACUCUUUUUUCCAUUUAUGGAG